UGGAACAAUUCUAAAGCUCUGUUUGCAUGAAGGCGGUUUACCUUAUCCAGUUUGUCAUUGUUUCAAUAUUGAUCCAUCAUUUCUCAAGUGAGACGCAAGUGUGCUUAUCUAACACAGGGGUGUCUUUGUGUGUGACAAUCAGGCUCAUACAGGAAGAGAUCUUUUUUGCUUGAAGUCAGGCAAGUUAAGUGAAAAACAACAAUGGGAAAAACCCAAAGUGUCCUUGAGAAGAAAGGAUACACUAUCCAGAAGGAGAUGGAGAAUGGUGUCAUUGCUACUGACAAAGAUGGUGACUCAUUUGUUAUUAAAGAAAUUAAUCUUGAGACCACUGAUGCUGAAAAGAUAUUCUCUGAGAUAGGACCUCUAUUGGAAAUAAAUCACCCUCAUAUUGCAAGUUAUAAGAACUCUUUUCAAGAUGGUAAUAGUUACUAUGUAGUUAUGGACCAUUGUGAGGGUGGAGAUCUGUCACAGAAGAUAAGAGACAGGAUGGAGACUGGGAUUCCUUUCUCAGAAGAACAGAUCAUGGACUGGCUUGUUGAGAUCUGUAUGGCCGUUAAGCAUGUCCACGACAAGGGUCUUCUUCACAGAGACCUGAGACCACAGAAUAUAUUCCUCACUAGAUUUGGGACAAUUUGUUUGGGAAAUUUUGGAAGAGUCAUUAAAAAUGUUGAAAGAUCUUCAGAGAAUGGAGCAUUGGCAUAUUUAGGUCCAGAGAUUCUGAAAGGUGAAACAUAUAACACCAAAAGUGAUAUAUGGUCCCUGGGGUGUGUGCUGUAUGAACUGUGCAUGCUGCAGUCUGCAUUCACAGCAGAGAGCACAAUCAAGCUCACCUCCAAAAUAUUAGAUGGUGUUUACCCAUCUCUCCCAGAGAGCUUCUUACCUGAGCUCCGUGCCUUGCUUUGUUACAUCUUCCAUCAAGACCCAUCCAUUAGACCUUUAGCUGGAGAGAUCCUGGCAACUCCCUUCAUUAUUAGUUUCCUCACAAAAAAGAGUGAGAAAACUUUGAAGAAACUCCAGACUAAUCUGGACAACCUGAGAGCGUUGGCAGACGGCUUGGAGCGUGUGCACCAGGGCACCACCAUAGGCAGUCUGGCAGGAGGUGUUAUUGGGGCCGCUGGAGGAAUCACCUCCAUAGUGGGACUCAUCCUAGCUCCCUUCACUCUGGGCGCCUCCCUGAUCGUCACUGGGGUCGGUGUUGGGGUGGCUGUCGCUGGUGGAGCCACAGCCGGAGUAUCAAACAUAACCAACAUGGUCAAUCAGUCUACAGACCGAAAAGCCAUCAAGAACAUCAUCAUCGAGUUCCAGGAGAAGAUUAAGUCUUUGGUGACAUCUAUACAAGUCAUCGCUGAGGGGUUGGAGACACUGAGGGCAAGUGUCUCCUUUGACACAGGAAGUGACAACUCCACUUCUGAGAAUCUGUCAAGGGUUGGAGCAAGAAUUGGGAGGGGCCUAGGGGCCAUUCCAGAGCUAGUCCGAUUGGUCCAAGUGGCCAAUAUUGGCAGGGUUGUAGCCCAAACUGCCAGGGCAGUGCGUGUGGCAGAAGUGGCAACAGGAAUAUUCUCAGCUUUUUUUGUAGCAGUGGAUCUGUACUUCAUCGCCGUGGAUGCCAAAGAGAUCCACAACAUCCGACAGGCAAAGGCGAACAGGCAGUCUGUUGAUACCAGUCGUUUAGAAGUGAUGGACACUGACUCGACCACAGGGCUGAACCCUGAAGGUGAAGAUCCAGUAGCUGAACCCAAGCCUGAGGUCAAAUCAGAGACCAUGAAGUUCAUCCAGACGAUCAGACAGACAGCUGAUCAGCUACAGGAGAGCCUGAUGGAACUGAGUGACAUCAUUGCAUUAAUUCCAAAGUCCUAGAAGACUAUUACUGGGACAACUGAGACUAUGCUGUGUUGAGAUGAUUUCAAAAUAUGUGGAACAAGAAAUAUAAGAGAUUUAAUAACUCCAGUACGAGCGAUGUUACUUUCAAACCAUGACUGGCUUACAGUUUUCAAUCAUCUUUAACUUUUAUUAUCAGCUCUGAAAUUCAUGUUCAAAUCCACUAUGGUGUAUUUGAAGACAGCAAUACUGCUGAACUUUAUGCUUUUUUCUUCUUCCAAACUGAUGACAUAUCUUUUACACAAUUAAAACAU